AUGCGUCGGUAUGGCGAGCUGCAGAGCCAGCGAGGCAAUUUUCAGGAGGAGGAGGAAGAGGAUGAGGAGAUUAUGGUCAACACAAUCAAAGCCCUUAUAAAACUCAAAAUUGGUUGUAUGAAGGGCAAAACCGCUGUCUCUGGGUUGUACCACAUAAUCAAAGAAAGGGAGCUGACAGUGAAAGUCUUCAUGAUCUUUGAGGCUGUGGGAAGUGCAUUUAUUGGCCUCAAUCGUCAAAAGACAUCGACCGGCCGUGCUUGGAAGGCUGACAGGAAUACCAUCUGGUCCUGGACUAUGCGGUUGACGACAACAACGAAUGGCUACAGCCACGUCUCAGCGGGUAAAUCUUAUGGUUUCGGGGACGGCAUUCGUCCAAGCCUGGAUGGUCGGAAGUGCAGCGACCGAGUUUUCACUAUUUGUUCCGGAUACGAACGCACUGAAGCUAUCAGUGAUCAACUGAGCGUCAACUAUGGGAUUUCCUAA